AGAUUUGCAUUCAACAUUACAGUCGAGACGCGAAAUAGGACGUAAAGACACCCUAAUCGUAUUAAGAAAAUCAGAAUUUCAUUUCAUCACAAAACAUGUCUUUUAAGAAUUUGAUGAUAGAGCGCAUCGAAGAUGAACUCGCGAUUACUCUGUCGAAAUUGUAUCCGAUUCACAAGCGCGGUUUCGUUAAGAUCGGCGAGAAGAAAUGGUUUUUGUCACACGGAUACAUUAAGAACGGCGAAAAAAUUUAUAAUUUCAAAAUUUGUCCGGAUGACGUAUGGAUCGUUACUUAUCCUCGAUCAGGAACAACGGUGACGCAGGAGCUCAUAUGGUUGGUAGCGAACGAUAUGAAUUUCGAGGAAGCGCUUCAAAGGACUUUAUUAGAGAGAUUUCCCUUUAUAGAUACAACAGUAAUACUAGAUGAUCAGAUAUUUUCAACCACUGUUUCUAAUGGACAGAAUAUGGAUAAGUAUACUGUUGAAUUCGUGCAAAAUCAACCGUCGCCGCGUUUUAUUAAAAGUCACAUACCUAUCGAUCUAUUGCCGACAGUCAUAAACAGCGGUUGCAAGAUCGUCUAUGUCGCUCGAAAUCCAAGAGACGUGGUGGUCUCAUGGUACAAUUUCCAAAAGGAUAUAAAAAUUUUCGAGUUCCAAGGAAGUUUCGAACGCUUCUGCAAUAAUUUCAUGGAUGACAACACCCACUAUAGUCCAUAUUGGAAGCAUGUAAAGGAAGCUUGGGCGAUAAGAGACAAAGCAAACAUGUUGUUUCUCUUUUAUGAGGAUUUGAUAAAAGAUUUACCUGGAACCAUCAAGAAGAUCGCCGCGUUCUUCGGCAAGGCUUACAGCGAUGAGCAGAUCGCCAAAUUAGCGGAGCAUUUGAAGAUAGAGAAUUUUCGGAAAAAUCCCAUGGUGAACCAGCCGAGUCCUAGCUCGACAAUGAAUCCCGAAGCGUUUAUUCGGCAAGGGCAAGUGAAUAGUUGGAAGGAAAUGUUCACGUCAGAGAUAGAGGAAAAAUUCAACAAAUGGGUCGCUGAUAACUUGAAGGACACGGAUCUAACAUUUCCAAACUAAAUCCUGAUUUCGAUCUAUAAAACUAAUUACGAUUAUAAAAGA